AUGCCUAAUUUUUGGAGUUGUAUUUCUCCGAAAAGUGAUGAAGAAAAAAAACGUAAGCAAAUUAAUGCAAAAUUAAAACAAGAUGAAAAAGUUGAUAAAGCUACUCAUCGAUUACUUCUCUUGGGCGCAGGUGAAUCAGGAAAAUCAACAGUUGUUAAACAAAUGAAAAUUUUACAUAAUCCAUUCACUCAACAAGAAAGAGUCGAUAAAAUUCCUGAUAUUAAACGUAACAUACGUGAUUCAUUAACCAGAUGA